AUGCAACUAAUGUUAGCUUCUAAAAGCUCCCUGCUACUUACCAAGUCCCGCCUGCCCUCGGCAUGCUACCCUUUGUUGAAGAGGUCCUAUGUGUCAAAGACCCCAUCGCACUCCAACACGGCCGCUAACCUGAUGGUCGACACCCCGGCUGCCGGCACCACCAACGGCAACAGCGUGUUGGCUCCCCCCAACUCGGUCAACUUUCUGCAAACGCUCCCCAAGAAGGAGUUGUUUCAGCUUGGAUGCAUCGGUGUUGCCACAUUGAACAGCUUCUUCCUCAACACGAUCAUCAAGUUUUUCCCCUACAUUCCUAUGCCCAUAAUAAAGCUCUUUGUCUCCUCUCUGUACUGUGGUGGUGAAAACUUCAAAGAGGUCAUCGAGUGUGGUGAGCGCCUACAAAAGAGGGGCAUUUCCAACAUGAUGCUUUCGCUCACCAUCGAAAACUCGGAGGGUACCAAGAGUUUGAACAGUACCCCAGUCGACCACAUCGUUGACGAAACUAUCAGGUCCGUCCACAACAUUCUACUGCCCAACAUCGUCCGCCAACUGGACUCCGGAACCAAGUCCGUUAAUGACAUCGCCCCCGGUUACAUCGCUUUGAAGCCUUCUGCUUUGGUAGACAACCCUCACGAAGUGUUGUUCAAUUUCAGCAACCCUGCAUUCAAGACUCAAAGAGACCAACUGAUCGAUAACUGUUCCAAGAUUACAAAGGAGAUCUUCGACUUGAACCAGGCUUUGCUAAAGAAGUACCCUGAAAGAAAGGCCCCCUUCUUGGUCUCUACCAUCGAUGCUGAGAAAUAUGACUUGCAAGAAAACGGGGUUUACGAAUUACAAAGAAUCCUUUUCCAGAAAUUCAACCCUGUUUCAUCCAGACUAGUCUCAUGCAUCGGUACGUGGCAACUGUACCUAAGGGACUCCGGUGAUCAUCUAUUGCACGAAUUGAAGUUGGCCCAAGAAAACAACUAUAAACUUGGGUUGAAAUUGGUUCGUGGUGCUUAUAUUCAUUCAGAAAAUAACCGUAACCAAAUCAUUUUUGGUGAAAAGAACGGUACCGACGAAAACUACGACCGUAUAAUCACUCAAGUCGUCAAUGACUUGAUUAUCAACGGCGAGGAUUCUUACUAUGGUCACUUGGUCGUAGCCUCUCACAACUAUCAAUCCCAAAUGCUCGUAACCAAUUUGCUAAAAUCUACCCAAGAUAACUCGUAUGCCAAAUCAAACAUCGUCUUGGGUCAACUGUUAGGUAUGGCCGACAACGUCACCCAUGACCUGAUCACUAACCAUGGCGCCAAGAACAUCAUCAAGUAUGUUCCAUGGGGUCCACCUUUGGAAACCAAGGACUACCUUCUAAGAAGAUUACAAGAAAAUGGAGAUGCUGUGAGAUCUGAUAAUGGCUGGCCAUUAAUCAAGGCAAUAGCAAAGUCGAUUCCCAAAAGAUUAGGCCUAUGA